GUAAGCUUUUCGUCAGACUACAAAAAGAUAAUGAAACGAAACUCAAAAAAAGCCUUCGCUAAUUACUUUUCCAGUUGAAUUUGGGCCAAGACGAGAACCGCAUCGGCAACUCUCCUGGCCUUACUCCUGAAGCGGUCGAAAAGGUGCAGAGCAUCCUUGAGUGCAUGCCUGACCGACAAAUCUUGGACUUUUUGAUGGAAUACUUUGUAGCCGAAGUUAAUUGGACGGACCAAUUGGUACACAUUCCAUGGCUCCUAGGAAAGUACCAGCAAUGGUGGCUGAUUGAAAAAGUAACGCUCGUGUUGGAAGUAGACCUUGCAGUGCUUAUUUUGCGUAUUUGUUCAUAUGCAUCGCAAUAUCUCCCCUCGCAGGGCUAUACGCUUAACAGGAUCGACGGGGCGUUGCUGGCUGAUAUCCGCAAUAUGUGCGACGAAACCGCUGGGAGUUUGAUUUCCAUCAGCAGAGCCCUAGAUAAACGAGGCUCAUUGAUUCAAGUGCAGUCUAUGGCCUUCUAUGGUUUGAAAUGCCAGAUGGAAGGAAGGCGAAACGCCUUUUGGGAAUCCCUCGAUCGCGCCAUCAAAGUCGCCCAGGCUAUUGGCCUUCAUAGCGAGGCCGUCAGAGUAAGACAGGGGUUAGACGAGAUUGAAAAAGAGAUGGAACGCCGAACGUUCUGCAACCUCUACAUUUGGGAUAGCAGCCUCUCUCGCCAACUUGACCGCACCGCUCUUUUAUCCGGUCGUCUGGAUCCAGGAAACUGGCCGCAAAUAUAUUUCGAAAGCGAUAACGAUAGCAGCGAGCUUGCUGCAGUUGUUCCCGACCCCUUCACUGAACGACUGCUUCAAGUACGACUCGCCGAUUUUUGGCGUUUCGUCAGGCCGGCUCCGAGAUCCGAAUUCGACAUGGUUGUCGCUGAAGAAAUCUACGACCAGUUUUGCCGCGACUAUAUGGCUAAACUACCUUGCACUUUUUCCCUUGAUCCCGAUAAGACAUGGGAUAAGCGGUUACCUAAGCUGCAGCUGCAGCGGCAGCUCCUUCACAUCGCUAUUUACGAGUCGUUGUGCUGGCACUUUCGGCCUGUGCUCCUUCACCACGAUAAAAGUAUGCCCUCUUACAAACGCGUGCUCUUGGACGCGCAUAAAAGGGCACUGGCUGUCGCAGCUCUGCACACGCUCCAAGGCGUCUCACAACUGCAUGCCAUGCUAUCAGGGAGCCACAGACGGUUUGCCGGGCUUAUCUUUUCGACCUUUGAUGCAGCAGUCCUGCUAGUUUAUCUAUGCACAGAUCCUCAAUUUCCACCACCAUGCCUAGGGCAUAAAACGUGUACGAUUUGCCCUAAGAUAGAUCCUCUGCGUCCAGGCAUGAUUACCUUAUCACGUCAAGAAUGCAUACAGGCUGUGCAAAGCGCGCUGAAUUGGCUACGCAUGUUGGGCGAAGAAAUCAGUGCUGCAGAUAUUGGAGCAAACACCUUGACACAACUUUUGAGUAGUGUCUGCAAGACGGACACGCCCACGACGACGGCGGUGGCGACCAACGGCACAGAAAUGAAAGAUGUGCUAAGUAAUCAGGAUAUCGUAGCAACCACAGUGCAAAGCGAUAUGCCGAAUUGGCACUCACUCAAUCCACUCGACCUGCAGCUGCUUGAAAAUUUCCUUCCGAUGGAUACAUCGUCAAGCCUAGGCGAUAUGACUAGCUGGCCUUCUCUAGACUCGUCGAUGUUUUCACCUUGAAAAGUACUAUGGGAGACCUCCACGGAAAUUAGGAGUCAUCAAUGAUAAAUUCUAGUCAUUAAUUUUUUCAUUCAAUCGGAUUUCACACAAUUAGCUGCGG